CAACUUAUUUGUUUUUAUUGUGGCUCAUUAAGACUACACAAUUUUCUUAAUUAUUUGGCAUUUGGCUUAUCCAGUUAAAAACUUCUUAUCAUUUUUCUCAACUUGCAGAUUCUACAGAUACGAACUUCGCGGCCGAAAUUCAGUGUCAAGAACCUAACGAACCUAACCCAUAAAUUUCACGUUUUACGGUUUAUUUAUCAUUUAAAAAAUGAUAAAAACAGCAUUAGACCCUCUUGUAAAUAAAAACAUCAACAUUCGUUUAUUCCGAAAUGUUGAUAAUGUAUCAGACUUACGUAAAAAAGUAAUAUCAGGUCAACUUGAGUGUUGUUUCAUAAAUCCAAAACUGAUUGUGGACCCGUUUCAAAUAGUAGUAGCGACAAAUAAGGCUCUAAUUGCUGAAAGUCGCACCACAAAAACGAUUUUCACAGAGAUUUUAUUCAAUUUGUCUGUUUCUAAACACAUAACAAAAAGUUUGCAACAGUUUGGGAUUACUGAUGACUGUAAAGACUUGUUGGUGGUGACUGUAGAGGACGACGAUAGUGGCAUUAUUUCUGAAAUUAAAGGAAAAGAAGUGGAGUUGAGGGCACUUGAGGAAAUUCGUGAUUUAAACGCUAUUAAGAAGGAAUACAAAAUUGGUCUAAAUGAAGAGAAGACUACCACAAUUUUGGAUUCUGUUGUUAGUAGGGUAGCCACCAAGGAUUUUAUUUCGUAUUAAUUGUGUUAAUAAUGGUUAAAGAUAAAUAAAAACAAAUAAACAAA